AGCUGGUUGUUACAGUUGCUCCAUCUGACAGUGGAGUUGCAAAGAAAGAAGUUUUCAGAAGUGCCCAUGAGCUCUGUUACUGUAGGGAAGCGAGGGUGAACGGAGAGGAAGUGUGAGUUGUCUGUGACUGUGACUUGAACGGAAAUGGUGACCCUGUGAGUGAAGGUGUGCCGUGACCUUUCCAGGGGGACAGAAGCACUGCAAUAAAGGCGGGCCCUGGAAAGAAGAUGUUUUGAGAAGUCAUUAUCUCAGAAGAGACUCGGAGCCACGAAAGAUGGAAAAUGAGACGGUUAGUGAACUGAAUCAAACCCAGCUUCAGCCCCAAGCUGUGGUGACCCUUGAAUACCAGGUAGUCACCAUUCUACUUGUGCUCAUUAUUUGUGGUCUGGGCAUCGUGGGCAACAUCAUGGUGGUCCUGGUGGUCGUGAGAACCAAGCACAUGAGGACCCCCACGAACUGCUACCUGGUGAGUCUGGCAGUGGCUGAUCUCACAGUCCUGGUGGCCGCAGGCCUCCCCAACAUCACUGACAGUCUCUAUGGCUCCUGGGUUUAUGGCUAUGUUGGAUGCCUCUGUAUUACUUACCUGCAGUAUUUGGGAAUUAAUGCAUCUUCUUGUUCCAUAACAGCCUUUACCAUUGAGAGAUACAUAGCCAUCUGUCACCCGAUCAAAGCCCAGUUUCUCUGCACAUUUUCCAGAGCCAAAAAGAUCAUCGUGUUUGUCUGGGCUUUCACAUCCAUUUACUGUAUGCUCUGGUUCUUCUUGCUGGAUCUCAAUAUUAGCACCUACAAAGAUACUAUCGUGGUGUCCUGUGGCUACAAGAUCUCCAGGAAUUACUACUCACCUAUUUACCUAAUGGACUUUGGUGUCUUUUACAUUGUGCCAAUGAUCCUGGCCACCGUUCUCUAUGGAUUCAUAGCUAGAAUCCUCUUCUUAAAUCCCAUUCCUUCAGAUCCUACAGAAAACUCUAAGACAUGGAAAAAUGACUCAGUGCAUCAGAACAAGAAUUUGAAUGUAAAUACCUCUAAUAGAUGUUUCAACAGCACAGUAUCCUCAAGGAAGCAGGUCACCAAGAUGCUGGCGGUUGUUGUAAUUCUGUUUGCCCUUUUAUGGAUGCCCUACAGGACACUUGUGGUUGUCAACUCAUUUCUCUCCAGCCCUUUCCAAGAAAAUUGGUUCUUGCUCUUUUGCAGAAUUUGCAUUUAUCUCAACAGUGCCAUCAACCCAGUGAUUUAUAAUCUCAUGUCCCAGAAAUUCCGUGCAGCCUUCAGAAAGCUGUGCAACUGCAAGCAGAAGCCAGCGGAGAAGCCAACUAACUAUAGCGUGGCUUUGAACUACAGCGUGGUCAAGGAGUCAGACCACUUCAGCACGGAGCUUGAGGAUAUCACUGUCACUGACACAUACCUGUCUGCCACCAAAGUGUCUUUGGAUGAUACCUGCGUGGCCUCGAAUGCAACCUUUAGUGAAGGUUGAUGGAUAAAAGGGAAGGAGAUGGACCCCAAAGGCAGCAACAGAAGAAAUGGCCAAAACGCAUCUGGGAAGAAGAGGGAACAGGGAGAAUCUGCUCUGCUAAG